GCGGCCGGCCACCGGCUCGGCAGGCAGCAGGCCGGGAGCCGCCGGGACUUCGGGCUGGGGCGCGGAGCGGCCGCGGAGCCGGAGAUCCUGAGGGAAGAGGGGAAGGAAUCCCAUCCACAAGACACCACCUCAGCCUCUGCAUCCAAGAAGAAGCAACAGACCAGCAAACCGCGCCAAUGGCACCCCCUGGCCUGCCACUAUGGCUGCUGUCCACGGCUCUCCUCUCCCUGCUGGCUGGUAGCUCCGCCUUCCUGUCCCAUCCCCGCCUGAAAGGCCGCUUCCAGAGGGACCGCAGGAACAUCCGGCCCAACAUCAUCUUGGUGCUCACGGAUGACCAGGACGUGGAGCUGGGCUCCAUGCAGGUGAUGAACAAGACGAGGCGCAUCAUGGAGCAGGGUGGGGCACACUUCAUCAACGCCUUCGUGACCACGCCCAUGUGCUGCCCCUCUCGCUCCUCCAUUCUCACCGGCAAGUAUGUCCACAACCAUAACACCUACACCAACAACGAGAACUGCUCCUCACCCUCCUGGCAGGCACAGCACGAGAGCCGCACCUUCGCCGUGUACCUCAACAGCACAGGCUACCGGACAGGUGAGGGUCAGGGUGGGGAGAGAGCUGCAGGGUCUCCUCAAGGGGCAGGUGGCCUCUUUAGGUUCUCUCUGGGUGUGACAUCCGAGCUGCAUCGGUCCCCGAGAUAAGUCUGGGUCAUGCCU